AUGUCAGGUGAAACAAUAGCUAAGGAGGCGAACAUUGCAUUUGCACAGCUCAAGGUGCUCACAAAUGCCGAAAGAUCACAAGCGUUGGAGAAUAUCCACAAUUCCUUGAAGGAGAAUAAAUCCUCCAUACUUGAAGCUAAUAAGUUGGAUUUGGAAAAUGCCAAAGCCAAAAACCUUUCACCUUCUUUAAUCAAAAGACUAGACUUGUCCAACCCAGGAAAGUUUGACUCUAUGCUUCAAGGUAUAUUGGAUGUGGCUAAUUUACCUGAUCCAGUAGGGAAGGUCACAUUGGCUAGGAAGAUUGACGAAGGUUUGAACUUGUACAGAAUCACCGCUCCAAUCGGAGUCUUGUUGAUCAUUUUUGAAAGUAGACCAGAGGUGAUUGCCAACAUUACAGCAUUGGCGAUCAAAUCCGGAAAUGCUGCCAUUUUGAAAGGAGGAAAAGAGUCCUACCAAACAUUCAAAGUCAUGAGUGGUAUGGUUAGCAAGGCAUUGGCAAACACAAAUGUCCCCUCUAAAGCCAUCCAAUUGAUUGAGAGCAGAGAAGAUGUUGCAGAUUUGUUGGACCAAGAUAAAUACAUCGACUUGGUUAUCCCCAGAGGUUCGAAUGAACUUGUGCGUAAUAUCAAAUCAAACACAAAAAUCCCGGUAUUAGGUCAUGCCGAUGGUAUAUGCUCCAUUUAUGUUGACUCCAACUUUGAUCUAGCAAAAGCUAAGAGAGUAAUCAUUGAUUCAAAAACAAAUUAUCCUGCAGGUUGUAACGCUGUUGAGCAGUUGUUGCUUAAUAAACACAUUGCACACGAUGAUGUAAAGAGUGUUAUUAAAGCUUUGGUAGACCAAAAGGUAACUGUUCAUGUUACACCUGAAUUGAAGCCAUUUACCAAAGAGCUUAACAAAGACUAUGUUGUCGAUGCUGAUGCUUAUUCCUUCGAUAAGGAGUAUCUUUCUUUGGAUGUAUCGGUGAAAUUUGUUGAUAACGUAAAGGAUGCAAUUGAUCAUAUAAAUCAGCAUUCGUCCAAACAUACAGAGUGUAUAAUAACAGAGAAUCAGGAAACGGCAAACUUGUUUUUAAAGAGCAUUGAUUCCGCUGGUAUUUAUUGGAACGCUUCUACCAGAUUUGCAGACGGGUUCAGAUAUGGGUUCGGAACUGAGGUGGGAAUUAGCACCAACAAAAUUCAUGCGAGAGGCCCAGUUGGCUUAGAAGGGUUAAUGAGUUAUCAAUAUCAAUUGAAAGGUGAUGGUCAUAUUGUUGGCGAUUACGUAGGUGGGGGUGGUACCAAGUUAUUUGUCCAUGAAGACUUGUAG